UGAACAUAUUAGUUUUGUUGUUGUACGGUUUUACUGAAACGACGCUCGAAAGACAUCACUACUUCAACUUGAAAAGAACUGUACUUAUUUGAACGUUUUUCAGUAGCGAGGUGUGACUCAUAAGCACAGCUACUAACGCGGAACACUUUAUCGACAAACGAUAGGAAGAGGACUAGUCACUACCUACUAUCUGUCUCACGCCUCUCCUCCUGUUAUUCUCUUCUAUUGCUCUUAAGAGCAGGAGCAAAGUCCCGUUAUUGUUCAUACGUCGGCCGCCCAGCCCAACGUACCUAUAUCAGUGCACGUAUAGUACUGCAGUUAUGGAAGUAACGUUUUACCACGACGAUCCGGCCAGCAGAAUCACAUACGACCUGCAUUCGUCCCCCGGCUCAGUAGAGAGCGCUAGUAGUACAGACGGUGGACCAGUUUCAGCUAUAUCUACUGUACCACCACCAUACAGCAGACACCAGUACGAUCACGAGUUUAACAAAACAGCCGUCUUGAAGGGUAUGAGCUUAAACCUCAGUGAUAAUUACUCGAGACAGUCGCUAGGGAAGGCGAACUCGGCGAUAACGUCAAGUGCAAUUUCGUCGACCGGAUACCAUCAACCAAACGUAGUAACGAACUCAUACGAACAGAUCCAGUCUUCGAUUGUACCAGCAAGUUCAAGUAGCCUGAGUGUCAGCAUCCCAGAGCACGGCUCGCUUAACGCUGCUACCUUAUCUACUCCCGAUCUGGUGAAUAUGCUCAAAGUAGGAUCGCCGGAUUUUGAUAGAAUGCUCGUACAUAGCAGUCAAGCGAACACUCAGAAUAACUCUCAGUUUUUCCAAAGAAACGCCACUCAGGAGCAAGAAAUUUACGCCCAAGGUUUUGUCCGCGAACUGGAAAGGCUCAAGUCACACGGCAGUAAUCCAGACCUCGCCGCCGCCAGUCCGCAUUCUGCGGGAAGUUCGACCACUGAAACCCCGCAGCCGUCCGUAAUAACCUCGGGCGUGAUGUCGCAUCAACACUACGCACCAGAAUCGUACUAUACAAGGGAACAACUCCAUGAUAUACCUACUACCAGUGGAUUAGGUGGUACCGUACACCAUGUCGGUAACCCAAUUCACCUUGCCCAACAGCCACCAAUGGCGUACAUGCCCCACUUAAAAGAGGAGUCACCCCAGACCGUCCCAAUAGGCAGCAGUCCCCCAGUUUCCCCGAUAAACAUGGACCACCAAGAACUUAUAAAAUCGGAACGAAAACGAUUAAGAAACCGAGUUGCUGCCAGCAAAUGCAGAAAGCGGAAACUGGAACGUAUUUCCAGACUCGAGGACAAAGUGAACAAUCUUAAGAACCAAAACCUUGAACUGACGAGCAGUGCAAACCUGCUUAGACAGCAAGUUGCAGAACUCAAAUCUAAAGUAAUGACGCAUGUCAACUCGGGAUGCCAGCUUAUGAUGUCCCAACAGCAGGUCACCUUUUGAAGCGUCUUUAUAAGACUGGUGCUGAAUUGACCUCAAUGUCAUGAGGCCUGUUUAAGGCGUACUCCGAGAGGGUAUUAUGCUGUGCGACCGCAAAUGAAGAGACGAGGACGCGAACUAUUUAAAAAACACUUAAUUUAUUGGUAACAGAAAUCGGUUCAAAACCGUCAGCUGCUGAAACAAACAGCCAGAGCUUCGUGUAAAGCUGCCGGAAACUGUGACGUAAGCAAUGUUUACAGUGUGCUAGCUGAGUUGCCUUGCUUAGCGAUUCGUUUGAAAUUUACCAAGAAUUUUACGAGCAACUCCAACAGCUAGUUACGUAAGCUGCUGCUGGUGGCAUAGCCCCCGAGAUUUUCUGACUAUUACGCCGUGGUCAGUUUAUAUUAUUUAUUUGCACGCUACGUCGUUUUGGUAUUCUUCUUUCAGUUUUUAUUUUUAUUUUAUUUAAUCUUUCUUGUUUAUGUGCCUUUUUUUUCACGCCUUGUUGACUCUUAUGUAAAAUUCACGUGUAUAAUUUGCUCCGGCACAUCUUACACAACAAUUUAUUUAUUUUCCGUUUUUCACACUUGUUCCAAAUGUCCACGCACCCUAUUAUACGUUGAUCCCUACUUUAAAGUGACACCAAAAAUUACUCUAUUUACCAAACUUUCAGUUGUUUAUUUUGCCUCUUUUUCGCCCCAACAAAGAACAACACAUCAUUUAAACAUUUGUUUUGUUUCGUUUGAAAUAGCCAGAAAGUUGAUUUUCGUUUGAUUUGAUAAUCAAAUUAAGUUCCUACCUACGCUAUGUUUUGACUUCCUUAGUUUUAGAUCGAUUUCACGCCCUCUUCGAGUUCGCUGUCGAAGCCGAUACGGUAUCGAUCAUAAAUACCCAAAUAACUUGCGUAAAAGAUUGGAAUCUUGAGCAUUGCAUAGCCUGGUAAACUGACAGAUCAAAGUAGUUGCCCGCAUGUAAAGAUUUAAAAUGCCGGAGGCAAAAUUUCCAUUGAUCAAUUUAAAAUGCGAUGCGAUCCGGUUUUCAUAGGCAUGCUUUGUUUAAGUUAUAAAGUAUCCUGUUUUUGCAAACUGGUACGAAGUAGGCCCUUCCUUACUUCGCUGGUAUGUACAGUCAUAAAUACAUCCGGUAUCACUGCAGCGCAUGCCCUCCCUACAUAAUUUCGCGCCUCAACAUCCUGUGUUACGUUGUCAGUGUUUCCAAUUACUUUUUUCGAUAACUAUCUACCCCGCAUGACUAUCAUUGCACUUUCCUUACGCCGCAGCAGAUCACUUUAUUAAGCGUUCCGGAUUGCCAGUGUCUGCGGAAACACUGGUCUCGGAAAUCACUGUAAAUCAAUUUAAUCUGUUACCAACACAAUUUUAUUGCUGUCAAUAUAGGACCCGUUUUGUAUUGGCGUAACGCUAAUUUAUUAACGGAAAAGAAAGUUAAUGCUGAUUUAAACACCGUUAUUUUCCUUCUCGCAUAACUACACUUGCUGUACAAACCAUAUGGGCAACCAGCAGAUUACGGACCCGUGGUAUGCUAUUAGCCAAAUAUUGUAACAGUCCUUAUUGAGCGAAAUUACAACUCUUCUGAAUGGGAGAAAUUGUAUUUCUUCUAAAAAUUAAAAGCUAAUUGAUUUCAUUUGUAUUACGGUUUGUAAGAUUGUUUGUAUUUUAACUUUGCAACACUGUACAAAAGUAAAUUUACUUCCUGUUUUACUGAUUCAGAUUUGUGUUUAAUUGCGAUGAUACCAUUGAAAUAAACUUGUAUUCUUUCAA